AGCGCGACCGCGCAGCUAGCCGGCCCUGAGAGGAAACGAAAGUGAGGGAGGAGGAGGUAGCAGGGCCAGGCUCCGCGGCGACAGUGGCGGCUUGAUCCCUCGUCUCCGCUCGCCGGCAGCUCGCCCCAUCCCCUCAGCUUACAAUGAAGAGAAGAACUGACCCAGAAUGCACUGCACCCCUCAAGAAACAGAAACGAAUUGGGGAGCUUGCCCGGCACCUCAGCUCCACAUCUGAUGAGGAACCUCUCUCCUCUGUCAAUCACACAGCAAAAGCAUCUACUACAAGCCUCAGUGGAUCUGACAGUGAGCCGGAGGGGAAGCAGCCCUGCUCUGAUGGUUUCAAAGAUGCCUUCAAAGCAGAUUCCCUUGUGGAGGGAACAUCUUCUCGAUAUUCCAUGUAUAACAGUGUCUCCCAGAAGCUUAUGGCCAAGAUGGGCUUCAGGGAAGGCGAGGGAUUGGGCAAAUACAGCCAGGGUCGGAAGGACAUCGUGGAGACCUCCAGUCAGAAAGGUCGUCGUGGUUUGGGUCUGACACUGAAGGGGUUCGAUCAGGAGCUGAAUGUGGACUGGCGAGACGAGCCGGAGCCCAAUGCCUGUGAGCAGGUGUCAUGGUUUCCAGAAUGUACCACUGAGAUUCCUGACUCCCGGGAAAUGAGUGACUGGAUGGUCGUGGGAAAGAGAAAGAUGGUUAUUGAAGAUGAAACAGAGUUCUGUGGGGAAGAACUGCUUCACAGUAUGCUGAAGUGUAAGAGUGUGUUUGACAUCCUGGAUGGGGAGGAGAUGCGGCGAGCACGCACCAGAGCCAAUCCCUACGAGAUGAUCCGCGGGGUCUUCUUCUUGAACAGGGCAGCAAUGAAGAUGGCUAACAUGGAUUUUGUGUUUGAUCGUAUGUUCACAAAUCCCCUGGACUCUUCUGGGAAGCCACUGCUGAAGGAGUCGGAAAUUGACCUUCUGUACUUUGCUGAUGUGUGUGCAGGCCCUGGUGGCUUCUCCGAGUACGUGCUGUGGAGGAAGAAGUGGCACGCAAAAGGCUUUGGGAUGACACUGAAGGGCCCUAAUGACUUCAAGCUGGAGGACUUCUACGCAGCCUCCAGUGAGCUCUUUGAGCCCUACUACGGUGAGGGUGGGGUUGAUGGAGAUGGAGAUAUCACCCGCCCAGAGAACAUCAAUGCGUUUCGGAAUUUUGUCCUGGACAACACAGAUCGCAAGGGCGUCCACUUUGUCAUGGCGGAUGGGGGCUUCUCUGUGGAGGGCCAGGAAAACCUGCAGGAGAUCCUGAGCAAGCAGCUCCUGCUGUGCCAGUUCCUCAUGGCACUGUCUGUUGUCCGCACAGGUGGCCACUUCGUCUGCAAAACCUUUGACCUCUUCACACCGUUCAGUGUGGGCCUCAUUUACCUGCUGUACUGCUGCUUUGAACGCGUGUGUCUCUUCAAGCCUAUCACCAGCAGGCCUGCCAACUCAGAGCGGUAUGUGGUGUGCAAAGGGCUGAAGGUGGGCAUAGAUGAUGUCCGGGAGUACCUCUUCUCCGUGAAUAUUAAACUCAACCAGCUUCGGAACACUGAGUCUGAUGUCAACCUGGUGGUUCCCUUGAUGGUGAUCAAAGGAGACCAUGAAUUUAAUGACUACAUGAUACGGUCUAAUGAGAGCUACUGCAGCCUGCAGAUCAAAGCUCUGGCCAAGAUCCAUGCGUUUGUACAGGACACGACCCUGAGUGAGCCUAGGCAGGCAGAGAUCCGGAAGGAGUGCCUCCAGCUGUGGGAGAUUCCAGACCGGGCUCGAGUUGCUCCUUCCCCUACAGACCCAAAAUUCAAGUUUUUUGAACUAAUCAAGGACACUGACAUCAACAUCUUUAGCUACAAGCCCACACUGCUAACUGCCAAAACCCUGGAGAAGAUCCGUCCUGUGUUGGAGUAUCGUUGCAUGGUGUCUGGCAGCGAGCAGAAAUUCCUCCUGGGCUUGGGGAAGUCCCAGAUCUACACUUGGGAUGGCCGCCAGUCAGACCGUUGGGUAAAGCUGGACCUGAAGACAGAGCUGCCCCGGGACACACUGCUCUGUGUGGAAAUUGUGCAUGAACUGAAAGGGGAGGGGAAGGCCCAGCGGAAGAUCAGUGCAAUCCACAUCCUUGAUGUCCUGGUGCUGAAUGGCAGCGACGUCCGAGAGCAGCACUUCAACCAGCGAAUUCAGCUUGCUGAGAAAUUUGUGAAAGCAGUUUCUAAGCCCAGUCGGCCAGACAUGAAUCCUAUCAGGGUGAAGGAGGUGUACCGGUUAGAAGAGAUGGAGAAGAUUUUUGUCAGGUUAGAAAUGAAGCUCAUCAAAGGCUCUGGUGGCACGCCAAAGCUCAGCUACACAGGACGGGACGACCGGCACUUUGUCCCCACAGGCGUCUACAUUGUCAGGACUGUAAAUGAGCCAUGGACCAUGGGAAUCAGCAAGAGCAGCAAGAGGAAGUUCUUCUUCAAUAAGAAAACCCAGAAGUCCUUCUAUAAUCUCCCUACGGAAUCCAUUGCCCCCUUUCAUACCUGCUACUACAGCCGGCUCUUCUGGGAGUGGGGAGAUGGCUUCCAUAUGCGUGACUCCCAGAAGCCCCAGGAUCCAGACAAGCUGUCCAAGGAGGACGUCCUUUCCUUCAUCCAGAGUCACAAUCCUAUAGGCCCUUAGGGUUUCCACCUGAUGAAUGUCCUGUCAUUCUUAAGGCAGGGCCCAGUGUCUGACUCCUUCUGCCUCUUGGAGAGGAACUGGGACUGUUCUCCCUGGUCAUAAGGGAGAUGGGCUCUUCCCCAUUCCCAAGGAGCUCUGUUGGGCCUUAGGAUGCAUCCUGUGGAACUCUGCUGCCUGAGAACUGACACCACCAGGAGUCAGCCUUAAAAGCAGCGGCUCAAGGGCAGGUCAGUGCUUAGGACUUGCCAGAGUGGUAGACUUUGGGCUCAGCCAUUCCCUCUGGAAUUUGUAGACUCAGUGUUCUGAGUUCCAUUUACUGCCCCCAAGAGCAGUCAGGUCCUUGUUUUGCCCAAUCUCCACUAGACCAGCCAAAUGUGGAGGCCCUCCCUCAUCAUGCGCUGGCCAGGAGCAGCUGUCGUACCAAUCAGAGUUGUUUCUUGUGGUCUUUCCCCACCCUAAUCCUGGAGUUUGUCCUGGCAGGAGUGCGGACCCAGUAUCAAACAUCAGAGGUUUGGGCACUGGGUGUAACUGCUCCUUGAGUUCCCACCUCAUGUGUUCUAAGCACUCUAGGAGAGGAGCAGCCUAAAAACCUGCCCUUUUCUGUUCCUCUCAGUAACAGAAAGUUACACUAGCAGUCCAGGCCACCUGAAGCCCUUGGCAGAGUUCUGAGCUAGUGGUGGCUCCAGCUGCCCCUUCCCUUCACUGGAGGAACAGACCCAUCUGCUUUGAUUUGUCUAUAGUCAGUCACUCCAUUUCCUGUCUCUGUAAGAGGGAGGAAUGGCAGCAGCUUUGGGUUGGGGAGGGUACCUGUGGUUGUUUCUAAUGGGAAAUCUCUUUCAAGAGAUGUUCAUGCAGGCUCCCUAGGGCCCCAUGCCAGUGCCAGACUGGUUUCCAUGGAGAUAGGGCACUGAGGCACCUGUGAGGUUGGAAUUGACUCCACCAUGGGAGGUCCCUUCCACCAGCCCCCAACCCUUAAGCCAGCAGCAAGUGCUAGGACGCCAUAUUUCCACCCAAUUCUGGGUCUAUCAGUGUCUUACAGAAUCGUGGAUCAUUAAACAUAUUUUUACCUGU